GACAUCGGGUCUGUUGCAGCAGUGGAGAGAAAUCCCUGGAUUGAGUGACAGCUGUCAAUUCAGAUGGGAGGAAAGUUUUCCUUGGAUGGCCACCAUGCCUUGCUUGGCAAAGGGACCGAGGACGAGAUGGAAAUAUUUGGCUACAGGACCCAGUUCUUCCGGAAGGCCCUUUGCAUUGCCGGCUACCUCUUCUCCUGCGGAGCCCUUCUGCUCGUCUUCUACUGGAAGCCGAACUGGGACGUCUGGGCCAACUGCGCUCCCUGCGACCUGGAGGAGGCCGAUACCGUAUUACUACGGGCAACAGAUGAGUUCCAGAGAUACAAGAGGAAGAAGGUGAUGUCCCUCAACUUGCAGCAUCUCCUGGACAGUGAGAAACCAGACCUGCUCUUCAGUGAAGACCAGGAUUCUGUCAUCUACAGAGCCAUCGCCAGGCCUGGAUUGAAAGUGAGGUUCAUCCAGGUGCAAAAAAUCCGCUACGCCUGGGAUGUUCCCGGAAAAGCCUUUGUCAGAGUUGGGUCUCUUGAGGACAGCAACACUUGCUAUGAGAUACACCGGAAAUUUGGAGAUGGGCUGACCAAGAGACAGCGAGAUCUCAGGAAGUUGGUGUGUGGACCCAACGCCAUCGAAAUAGAAAUCCAGCCCAUAUGGAAACUGCUAUUCAAAGAGAUCCUGAACCCCUUCUACGUCUUCCAAGCCUUCACCCUGACACUCUGGCUCUCCCAGGGGUACUAUGAGUUCGCCACUGCCCUCAUCAUCCUUACCAUCAUCUCCAUCGGGCUCACCGUCUAUGACCUUCGGCAGCAAUCUGUCAAACUGCACAACCUGGUCGAGGAGCACAACAAGGUCCGUGUCACCGCCUGGACCAAACACGAAGGUGGGCACCAGUCGGAGUCCUGCCACUUGGUCCCGGGAGACAUCCUCCUCUUGGAAGGGCAGAAGCUCUCCUUGCCCUGCGAUGCCAUCCUCCUGGACGGAAGCUGCGUGGUCAACGAAGGCAUGCUCACAGGUGAGAGUGUCCCGGUGACCAAGACCCCUUUGCCCCAAGCGGACAACGUCCAGCCCUGGAAGAAGCACAGCCUGGAGGACCACCGGCGCCACGUCCUCUUCUGCGGCACAGAGGUCAUCCAGACCAGGCCCAGCAGCAAGGGGCCGGCCAGAGCCGUCGUGCUGCAGACAGGUUUCAACACGGCCAAAGGGGACCUGGUGCGGUCCAUCCUCUACCCGAAGCCCCUCAACUUCAGGCUCUACAAAGAGGCCUUCUUCUUCAUGGGCGGCAUGAUCUGUGUUGCCUUUGUGGGGCUGAUCUAUGGUGCUUGUGUGUAUGCACACAACAAGAGACCCGCGAGCCAGACGGCGCUGAUGGCCUUGCUUCUGUUGAGCGGGGUGAUUAAUCCGGCCCUCCCGGCCGCCUUGACCACCGGUAUUGUCUACGCCCAGUGGAGGCUGAAGAAGAGGAAGAUCUUCUGCAUCAGUCCUCAAAGGAUCAACAUCUGUGGGCAGAUCAACCUGGUCUGCUUCGACAAGACUGGCACCUUGACAGAGGAUGGGCUGAAUCUCUUUGGCGUCGUCCCUUGCCAGGAUGCAAGCUUCCGCCCGCUGCACAGCUUCUCCUCGGGCCUUCUGCCCUGGGGACCCCUGUGCCAAGCCAUGGCCACCUGCCACUCGCUCCUCUUCCUGGAGGGGAGGAUUCAGGGGGACCCCAUGGACCUCAAGAUGUUUGAAGGCACCGGAUGGGAGAUGGAAGAAUCUGGUUCAGGGGACCCAGAGAGUGGUGCGCCAAAGACAUGCUCCGUGGUUAAACCAGGACCCAAGGCUUCCAAGGCCCCGUUGGGAGGGAUGGCCAUCCUGCACCAGUUCCCCUUCUCCUCAUCUCUGCUGCGGAUGUCGGUCAUCACCAAAGAGCUGGGAAAGGACACCCACGGACUCUACAUGAAGGGAGCCCCCGAGACCGUGGCCAGCUUCUGUCAGCCAAUGACCGUGCCCUCCUCCUUCCAAGCGGAGCUGAAGUCCUUCACGGCCCAGGGCUUCCGGGUCAUUGCCUUGGCCCACAAAGAGCUCUCUCUGGACGCAGCGGACAGCCUCAGGGACCUGGACAGGGACGAGGUGGAGUCCGGCCUGACCUUCCUGGGCCUCCUGGUCCUGGAGAACCGGCUGAAGGGCGAGACCCGGCCUGUCCUGGAGGAGCUCAGGGAGGCCCGCAUCCGGACUGUCAUGGUCACAGGCGACAACCUGGAGACGGCCAUCACGGUGGGCAGGAACUCCGGCAUGAUCCCUUCAGGAGACAGAGUGAUCCUGGUGGAAGCCAGUGAUCCAGAGGAUCCCCACCCGGCAUCCGUUUCUUGGCAGGAGAUGGAGGACACUCAGCCCUGCAAGGAGACAAAACAAGUGAGGCAGUCAGUUCUAAAUUCUCCACAGAAAUUUAGUCUGAGUGGGAUUAAUAGAUCCAUGGGCAGCAGCAGUUUCCACUUUGCCAUGAAUGGGAAGACCUUUCAAGCACUCCAGAAAUCCUUCAGCUCUUUGCUGACAAAGAUUCUUGUGAACGGGACGGUGUUUGCACGGAUGUCUCCAGGGCAGAAGUCCAGCCUAGUGGAAGAGUUCCAGAAACUGGAUUACUAUGUGGGGAUGUGUGGAGACGGAGCCAACGACUGUGGGGCUUUGAAGAUGGCUCAUGCGGGGAUCUCCCUCUCGGAGCAGGAGGCCUCCGUGGCCUCGCCCUUCACCUCCCAGACCCCCAACAUCCAGUGCGUUCCAGAACUCAUCCGGGAAGGUCGUGCCUCCCUCAUCUCCUCCUUUGCGGUGUUCAAAUACCUGAUCCUCUAUGGCAUGACUCUCUUCCUCGGCUGUGCUUUGCUUUACUGGCAAAUGCAGAUCUUUGGGAAUUAUCAGUUCCUCCUGCAAGAUGGUGUUGCCAUGGCUGCCUGCCUGUCAAUGAGCCUGACGCAUGCCCACCCCCGUCUGGCCCCCUUCCGCCCCUCUGGGCGCCUCAUCUCCCCUCCGCUCCUGCUCUCCGUCGCCUUCAGCAUCCUCUGGACCCUCGCCAUGCAGACCUGUGGCUUUGUCUUCGUCAGGCGGCAGGCCUGGUAUGCGCAGGUGCGCAGCUACAGCCCGUGCUCCCCUGGAAACCAGUCCUCCUUCCCCUUUGGGGACAACGGGGCGCCCAACGGCACAUCAGCCAUAAGGAACAUGGUGGUAAGCUACGAGAACACCACCCUCUACCACCUGGACACCCUCAACUGCUGCAUCAUGGCCUUCGUCUUCUGCAAGGGAAGGCCCUUCCGGAAGCCCAUCUACAGCAACCAUAUUUUCACCUGCCUGAUGUCCAUCUGGUUGGGCCUUUGCGUGUUCAUUCUCUUUGCCGACAUAGAGGUCAUUUACAAGGGGCUACAGCUUCUCUGCAUCCCCAAUCUCUGGAGGGGUUAUAUUCUGAUCAUGAUUGUGGUCCAGUUUGCAGUCGCAGUUUUUGUGGAGGAUGCCCUCCUGGAGAACCGGCGUCUCUGGCUCUGGAUCAAGGCCUUGUUAGGCAUCCGCUCCUCCAGCAAAUACCGGAAGUUGCAGCGGCAGAUGGAGGGAGAGGCCUCUUGGCCUCCGAUGAACCACAGAGAUUUCACAGAGGAUGCAAAAAGAAAUAGAAAAAGCAAGACCUACAUCAACCCUGCCUAUGAAAACAGCGAAGAUGUCUAGCUGUCCGUGAAGGGCUGGAUAGAGGGAUAAGGCCUUGCAAACUUCUUGCCUCAUUGUUACAUGUCUUCAAAUCCUUUCUGACUUAUGGAGACCCCAAAGAGACCCUAUUGCAAGGAUUCCUUGGCAAGGAUUGUCCAGAGGAGGUUGCCUUUGCCUUCUGUUGAGUGGUUGCACCUCUGCUAAAACCGUGGGUUCAACAGCCCAGCAUGUCUAGCUUUCAAGAAGGCCAAACCAGACACAGUCGGGUAGAAGGCAAAAGCAGAGGUUUAUUCUCAAUGGCCAGAGAGGAUGUCGGUGGAGACAACACUCUAAAUUACUGACAUAACACAAUUGCAAAUACAGCGCAUUUUUAUUUCAUUUGACAGCCAUUCAAGAAACCUGCAUCAGCUUCUGAUUGGUUCAAAAACUGUCCUGAGUGGCUGAGGACUUUGUCAGACAUUAUUGCUGUUUGAAUCCAUGUUGUGACAGGAAAUUCAAUAAGCUGCCAUUGGAGCA